CACUCCCCCUGUGCACACUGUCAUAAGCUGUCCCUCCCUCUUCCCCGGAGCACUUUCUUCAUUGAGAGGUAUGAAGGGAGGCUAGCAUUCUUUGGCACAGCAGAGCUUGUGACUUCAUGCUCCGGACAGGUAUGGGCUUAACACGGAGUAUUUCUCUUGUAUUUCUCCAGUGACUUUUGUUUAAAGACAAAACAGCGGAAAGCUCUGAAGAUGCCGUCGGUCUGUCUCAUUUCAGGUAGUGUAACUCUUGGUUGAAUGCGUCUCUGCGCAGGUUCUCUGGCACUAGGCAUGGGAACGUAGGCAAGCCAGGUAUAUUGCUAAAAGUCAAGUUUGUUUUUAAUCGAAGUUAGUUUAUACAACUAACUUGCUUGUAGAGCUCAUUAGCUUGUAUGGAUAAUUUGUCAAUUACUUAAAUUAUUAAUUACUUUGACAAUCCAUCUGAAACUGCUGUUACUGUAUGUAUGAAUGCUACGUGAAUAUGUCGCAUUUCGUUAUGUGUGGUGUGUUAUGUUAUCAGGAUAAAAUUUCAGUUUCAGGUGUAGACUCACUCUAACCUUGAAAAUGCUUUCUGGGAUCAGCAGAGCCAAAGCAGCGUCUCUGUCAGGUGCGCUGAUCAUUCUUUUAAAGGAAAUGAAUGUUGCCAUUAUCGCUUAUCUAUCGCUGAUCUGUCGCUGAUCUAUCGAUGAUCUCUUACCUUAAACGUUCACUGAUCUUCAAAUUAUUGUCUAUUUAUAGGUCUAAUUCAACGAAUGCGUCAAUGUUUUUGAUGUUAAUGAAAUUCGGCAUGAGUCAAACAUACCUUCCAUAGCGCAGAAAUGUUUUUGUUUAUUUUUUUUAAUUUCCCUUUGAAACGUAGCACCUUUUCUACGCCACAGGUAGCAAGAAGUUUGGUGCAAUGUGGCCUGCGAACUUGACUAGUGCUAUGCCUGGAUUUCACCUUGCAAGAUAAAGGAGAAAUUCUCUGAAAGAUUCCCCAAACCACUUUACUACAGGCUACAUUUUAUAACAUUUCAGGUUUAUUUUAGGUUAUUUUUGUGAAGAGUGUGAGUAGUGUGUAGUUUCAGUCAUUGUUGUUGUAAGUUCCGAGUGAUGAAAUUCCUACACCCUUUUCAAUAACAAAACAAUGUUGUAGUUUUUUGUUAUUUAUUUAUUUUUUAUUUUUUGAAAACUAAAGAAUCAUUUUUUCCCAACUAAAUGAGAAAAUGUUAACCUUUCCCCACCUGCCUGUUUUGGAGCUGAAAAAAUAGCAUUUUAUAAAAAAAUGUCAUUUGUGAGAUGAACUUGGAACUUGAAAAAGGAAACAGAUUUGUACAGGUUAAAUUUCACUACACCGGGAAAAAAACUCUUUUUAAGCUUUUCCAACGAACUACAUCUGAGCCAUGAAGCUGUGGCAAGCCGCAUAGAUUUACUUCUUUUCCUACCCACAGUGAAGAAAUGUCUAAGGGAACAUUCUGAGCUCUGGAAGAUACGUGUAACUCACAUGCCAAAUUUCAUCAAAAUGAAAAAUGGUUAUGUAAAAACGCCCUUUGGAACUUCAUUGAAUUAAAAUGGAAUUAUUCAAGAAUUAUUCAGAGAUUAUGUGCUUGGUGUCAUGAUCAAGUCCUUCUAAAUCUUGCGAAACAGGUUAAAGGCAAGAAGAUAGAUUAGGCAGAAAGGCUUUUUGUCGGGGUCCUGAAGUUCAGUAGAAGUGGAUCUGAUGGACAGAUAAGCUGGGACUGGCUGACAGGGAGAGACAUGGGAUGGGAGCUGGCAAAUGAGACUCCCAGUAUAGCACCGUAAGGCUGGUAGGUAAGGCAAAGCUGAGAGUGCUCACCUGAGAAGCCCAAGAUCAAUGCUGAAACUGCUCUCCCAAAUGAGCUAUGGCAGCAGAUGUAUAGUACCAGUCAAAAGUUUGGACACGCCUACCCAUAGAAAGGUUUAUUUGUACUAUUCUCUACAUUUUAGAAUAAUUAUAGACAUCAAACUACAAAAUAACAUAUACAGUAUGGAAUUAUGCACUGACCAAAAGGGUGGGGGGGGGGGCAGUCCCGUGGGUUGGGACAGAAGGUUGCUGGUUCAAGCCCCUUGGUCAGCAGAGUGUCCUCCCCAUAAGGCUCUUCAGCUAGACCCUUAAGCCCAGGUGCCCCAGGGACUGGUUGACCCUACUGUCUCCUCUAUGCCAGUUUCAUGAGGUGGUCGUCUGAGAAGCUUUUCCAUUGGUCCUGAGGGAGGUCCCACGUAUAUGCUGAGCUCUCAUUGGCUGCUUCUCCUUCACUCUCUGGUCAAACUCCUCCAAAACCAUUUCUACUGUGUUUAGGUCAGGUGGUCAGGUCAUGUGGUGCGACACUAUCACUCUCCUUUGUAGGCAGCUUGGUGUGUCCAAACCUUUGACUAGUACUGUAAAUGCUGAUGUUCUGCCCCUGACUCUGCUUCUCAUAAUUUCUUUACAGUAUAUGACUCCUCCAUACAUCAGAGUCCUAGGAGCCUCAUUAAGAACUCUGUACCCCAAUAUCAUGAGAGCUCUGACGGUGUGCUUGCUUUGGACGGGAAGGGGCAAUGUUGCACGUACACCUUCUGCAGGACUUCCAACGCCAUUGUCAGCUGCUGGCCGCUAGGGACAAUGCCGGCUACCGCUUGGAGUUUGAGCGGCUGUCUGAUGUGGGCAGUGACUUCAGCACCAGGGCUGGAUACCUGCCUGCCAACAGGGAGAAGAACCGAUAUCCUCACAUCCUGCCCUACGAUCACUGUCGAGUGAAGCUGGCGCGGCAGAACUGGGAGUCGCACCUCGACUACAUCAACGCCAGCUAUGUGCCUGGGGGCACCUCCGAGCGAGACUUCAUCUGCACUCAAGGCCCGCUGCGCAGCACGCAAGCCGACUUCUGGCGCAUGGUUUGGGAACAGAACGUGCACGUGAUCGUCAUGGUGACUGACUGUCUGGAGAACGACAGGGUGCUAUGUGAGCAGUACUGGCCCCAGGACUGUGCCGCCCAAUACGACAGGGUGACGGUGACCCCGCUGUUCCAGCGCCACUGUGAAAACUUCACCAGCACCACCCUCCAAUUAUCCCAGGCAGGCUGCCCCACAGAGAGGAAGAUCACCCACUACUACUACCGGGCCUGGCCAGACAGGGGAGUCCCACAGGACCGGGCAGCCCUGUAUGCCUUCACCCUGCAGGUCCGGCAGCACCUCGACAGCGACCCGCAUGCUGGCCCGGCCGUGGUCCACUGCAGUGCUGGUGUGGGCCGGUCCGGCACGUUCGUGGCUCUGCUCUGGUUGAGCUGGCUGUGCUCCCGCAACAUCUGGCCGGACGUGAGAGGGGUGGUGCACAACCUGCGGAGACACCGAAUGAUGAUGGUGCAAAGCCUGGAACAGUACAUAUUUAUCCAUACCUGUCUCCUCCACUGGAUGUCCAAGGAUGUGACCAGGAAUGGGACAAGGAGGGGGCAGACAAGCCGUAGAACACAUGAGGACAGGCAGACCACACAACCGUGCCAGGCCAGGAGGCCAGACAGGCUGGAGGAGAGGCAGCGAUUGGGGCCACGGAACAGAGGGACGGUCAUCCACAGGCUGCUGCCCGCCAGGCUGAUCCGGAGGCUACAGCCGGGCUUCUCAGCUCCAUGGUGGCGGUAGAGUGGCUGCAGGUCCCACCUUAUAGAACCAGAUGGAUAUGAAGACCGCAGAAUUCAUGGAAUAUGAAAGACUACGAUAUUUCACGGUGCUGCAGAUGCUGGACACUCACAGCUAAGUUCGAGACUACAAUAACGUGAAAAACAAUGCAUUUAUGUGACACAGAGAAAACUGAAAAUUAAAAUUAUUCAUUUAUAGCAUA